AUGACAUUCAUUGGUAUCAUUAAGACAUCAAAUGCUUUUACCAUUAACCGACAUAGUGAUCCUGUGGUUAUGGGCAUCGUACUCUCUGUUCAGUUCAUUGUUUUCUACUCAUGCUUUUCUUUGGAACCUAAGAACAAGGAAACAAUUAAAACAGCAUCGGUUUUCCGACUAGUCUGCUAUACCAUAUUAGUUGUUUCGCUCAGUCUCAGAAAGGUUUUCCGCAGACCACCCGAUAGCCUUGCCUUCCUUGUGUCUGAAGAUGUGUCAGUAUGGUCUACACUGUGGCGUGUUGUUAAAGGCUGUCAUGGGUUUUGUUUAAGGUGUCUAUACCGUUCGUUUUUCAUAGGAUUUGCUUUCUUCGAGGCAAUACCAUGUUUAUGCUAUCUAUUAAUUGGAGACAGGUUAUCGAAUCCAUUGAUGGAAGACGUGGGCUUCUAUUUAUUUAUUUUUACCCAGUUCGUGACAUUUAUUGGCUUCAUUGAGACAUUAAUGAGCACCAUACAUAGUGAUGCUGUGGUUAUGUGGACCUUGCUUUCUUUUCAGUUCGUUGUUUUAUACUUAUGCUUUUCUUUGGAACCUAAGAACAAGCAGUCAAUUAUAAUAGCAUCGGUUUUCCGACUAGUCUGCUAUACCACAUUAGUUGUUUUGCUCAGUUUAAAAGAGAAGCAACUUAGGAAGCUUGAUGACCUGCGUGUGCAAAUUGAAAAGGACCAACAUACAAGUUUUCAGAUUGAUUCCCGCAGAUCACCUGAUGACCUUGCCUCCCGUGCGUCAGAUGUGGAUCGUCAAAUUCUCCGGCAUGAUCAACCACAAGAUAUCCAGGGGGAGGAUGAAGAUAAGGAUGGCAAGUUACCCGGUAACAAGCGCUCACUUAUGUUAUAUCUGCACUAUAAAUAUAAGAAUUUGGCGCUUGUAGUAUUAUUUCUUAUUUUGGAGGCAAUAUCAUUUGUAUUGGAUUCCAUUGGGAAAGGCAAGCUUCGUUUCACUGUGGCUGCAUUUCUUUUGGCACUAUUUGUCUUUAUCCCAACGUUAUGGGUUUAUUUGAAGGGAAGAUCCACCAGAUUACCAGAUGAGAGACCAAUUGCGAACGUGGAGCUUUUAGUUUCUGGGAUCCUAUUACUCACAACAAUCCUUCACCUUAUUUUCUUACAGAAGGGUGUGUAUGACAAGUAUAACCUAUCAUUAUUGCCGCUAGCCUUUGCUGUUUUUCGUGCUUUCUCUGUCGUCUUUGCCUUCAGAAAGGAGCAUGAAAAUGGUACUCAUAAUGCGGCUGAGCCACCAGCUGAAAAUCAAGUCAACCAGCUGCACGAUGGAUUAGGAAAUAUUAUGGAAACUGAGGGAUGA